AUGUUUUCAGCUUUGAUGUUCCAAUCUGUGAAACCUGUGGUCCUAACAGAUACAAAGCUUUGUGAUUCAGCCUUGAAAUGGGACCUGGAUUACCUAGCGGAGAACAUGGGUAGCGAGAAAUACAUGGUGUUUGUAUCAAAAGACAACAAAUUCAAAUAUUACGACGAGGCGAAGAUUCGACAGUACAGCAGUAACUUCAUCCCACCCACCCGGAGAGUUGACAUGUCUUUCCCCGAAUUUGUAAGGAAGCUGAAGGAAUGGAAAGAAGGAGACGAGAGAAUAUAUCUUCAGCAGGGUUUGAAUAACACUGUUGGUCAAGCUAUUGUAAUGGACUUCCUGCAGUUCAACUGGGAAUGGCUUAACGUCCUGCAGAAGAAAAAUAAUUGGGGACCCCUUACCUCUAAUCUAUUAUUAGUGGGCAUGGAAAGUAAUAUUACACCUGUUCAUUAUGAUGAACAACAGAACUUCUUUUGCCAAUUGGUUGGCUACAAAAGGUGUAUCUUGUUUGCUCCUGAGUACUAUGAUCGCCUCUAUCCGUAUCCUGUGUAUCACCCCCAUGACCGCCAGUCUCAGGUAGAUUUUGAAAACCCAGACUUUGAGAGAUUCCCAGGUAUGGCCCACCUGGAAGGAGUCGAAACCGUCUUGGGUCCAGGCGAAGUCCUACAUAUCCCUAUGUAUUGGUGGCACCAGAUAGAGAGCCUCCCGAAUCGUGGCCAUACUGUGUCUGUCAACUUCUGGUAUAAGGGAGGGCCAACAGAGAGGGUUGAACAUCCCCUGAAGCCUCAGCAGAAACUGGCGGUGAUGCGCAACAUAGAGAAGAUGUUACUGGAAGCCCUAAAGGACCCUGCAGAAGUGGGACCCCUCCUGCGAGCCCUUGUAAUUGGGAGAUACACUGGGCAGGUGGCAGAAGGGCAGGAAGGGAAUCUGUGAUUGGGACUGACCAGGUCAUGUUUUAUAUUUAGGAUGUAUCUUGGUACCUGUAACAAGCACGUGGAGUUCCUAAUACUGGAAGAGAUAAUAACAUCAGAGUUCAUGGCGAGAGGUGAAGUGGCCCAGAUGCCUAUUGUGUUCAGUGCACAUGUCAUGCUGUCUGUGAUGUUUCCAGAGAAAUGUGCUUUAAAGUCAUUUAUGUCUGUGGUGGAAUCAUAAGAUGCAGUUUUCAUUUUCAUUUGUUUUGUUUCCUUAUGUAAAUGUCUAUUUGCAUGGGUUUCUUCAUUAAAGUGAGGUAAAAGGUAUAUUAAAUGUAAGCAUUCAUAAGUUGUUUUUUCUCUCUAUCAUUUUUGUUUUCACUCUUUUUCUACAAUUCAAUUUUUUUAUUUACCUAUAAAGUAAAUACUUUGCUGUAAUGCAGUUGUUGUCAGCAAAAUAAACUAGUAGUGUAAGGAUUCAGAACAAAAUGUGUCUGGCUGAAUGUGAGGGAUAAAGUUUGAGAGAUCGAAGGUGAAACCCAAUAAAAGAAUUUAAGGAAAAAAAAAAAAUUAAGAAUAAAAAAAUCUUUCAGGAAGUACAUUGGGUUUUAUUGGUGCUAUGUAAGGUUAGAAAUGGAUGACUGUGGAUAAAAUAAUUGCAGUGUAUGCUGACAGUACACUGGAGAUUUAGGCUUUGAUAAGGGAUAGGGUAUGGCAGUUGUUUUUCCAUAGUUUGUCUCCUAUGAUUUGAUGUAUUAAAUAUCACACUAAAUAUCUGUAUAUUUUAAUAUGAACCUUGUAGCUAAUUUCCUGUAAUAAUGAUGAAUUCUCACAACUCCAAGUAAGUGAUGAGUGUUUCGAGGCUCAACACCUUAAAGUUUAUGGCACAGACAAGAGUUAAUUUGCAAAUAAGAAAAAUGCAAAUUUAUUACCAAUUUACAAUACGAAAUAGUGAUAGAUUUAAUCCGACAAAUGAAAGAUUUUCUUAUUAGGUGUUCUUCCUGUUUAUCAAGAAUGUAGAUAUCUGAUUUCAUAAAAGAAUCUAUAUUUCCUAUUUUUUUCCUCAUUUGGUAAAGAAAUAACAGAUGAACUUUGAGCUAUGCAGACUGUUGCAAUAUUUGUUAUCCAUUGUGUGUCUUUAAUAUAUCAGUAGAAAGAGAAGCAUGGUUGCAUUGUCUGUGUUGGUGAUUGACUAAUGUUUUGGCCAAUUGUAAUGCCUCAUAGAGGAGGAAAGUGCAGGCUUGGAAAUAUGAAGAGGCACGAGACUUGCAGUGGGAAGUCUUAAUUAAAAUUUAAAAAACUAGAAGAAAUUUAAGAUAGCUUAUGAGAAAAUGUUGAAAAAAUCUCAUGAUCUAUAUUCAUGUUUCUUAAAGCACUUUGAAGCAUAUUUGUUACUGUAAAAGUAAAAUAUGAUGAAAAUCAUACACAGUACAAAUUGCAUACAAUACAAAAGCAUAAAUGUAAUAGAGCAGUGACUACUACCCUUCUUUCAAAAGGAAUAUUAAGAUAAAAUACAACUAUGAUCUUGCUUCAGUCUUUAGUGUGCAAUAUUGUUUUUCCAUGGAUGUGAGCUUGAUAUUCUUACAUUCAUUAUUUUACAGCUGGGAUGCAUUGUUCAGUAGAACAGUAGAGAUAGUAUCCCAAGUAUACAACUUAUUUUAAAAGGAAUAAUGAUACUUAGGAUCAUAUUUGACAGCCAGAAUAUAAUCAGCAAACUUUUCAAUAGUCUAGUAAAUUCAGCUAUUUGUUAACUGAAAAUUAUUGAUAAUUGAUUAAUGAGUCAUAUAUGGAUGUUCUAAGGAAAUAAAGAAGUAAGAUGUCCAUCACCUUAGUAAUUUCAUUUGAGAGUAUGAUGAUGAAAGGGUGAUUUUGUAGACACUUCAAUGUAUUUCAAUAAUACACUGUAAUGCUUCAACUUCUCAGAUGUGGCUAAUGGCUUUAGCUUUUGACAUACCAGAAUUGUGAAAACACAGGUAACAUUAAGAUAUCAAAAGUAUUUUUGACUUAUGGGAUCUGUGCAUUAAGAACACAAGUAUUCUUAAUCGUAAUACAAUAAAAAUGACAAUUUGAUUAUCUAGCAGUGCUUGAUUAAAUGCAAGAAUCAAGGUUAAGCCAUAAUUCUGUUAUUUCAAUAUUUCCAACAACCUAUUUAAUUUUUGCCUGGAAUUAGUUAUUUUCACCAUGCAUAUAAUGAAAUUGUCAUGACCAAGUGCAUGAUGAGUACAGAAAUACUUAUAUGAGCAUCUGUAAUCCUAACUUCAAUAUGCAUUGCUUUAGUAUCAUUAUUGUUUAAAUUUAGUAAGCUCUUUCUUGAGAUUACCUUUGGUCGAAAGCAUAUUCAAAAGAUACUUAAACAUCACCAAGACAUGUAUUUAUGUAUAUUGGUUGGGAAGACAACUAGGAUGCUACAUAAUGUAAGUUCACAGAAAACCAGUUGAUAAUGUUAUGAUAAACUGCUAAGUUUGGGGACCUGAGGGAAGAUGAUGAAAUCCAUGUAAAUUUCAAACUCACUCAACUCUCACUCUCACUCACUCUCUCUCUCUCUCUCUCUCUCUCUCUCUCUCUCUC